UUAUAAUAUCUCCCCCACUCAAUAAAAAUACGCCACUUGUUCAUUUAUUUUCCGGUGAUCAUCUCCGCCGUUAACCACCACCUAUGGCCACCGUUAACCACCUUCCACUACUCAUUUUCUUCACACUAACCCUCUUAGUUCAAUCCAAAUUAAACCUCAAUCCCACCGACCAUCAUGCCCUCUUAACAAUUCUUCAAGAUUUAAAUUUCUCCGGCGAUCUCCGGCGGCCGGAAAACCUCUGCCACAUCGCCGGAAUAUCAUGUGAUCGGAAAAUUUCAAACGACCACACCCUUAAAGUGACCGGAAUUGUCCUCAAAACUCACCGGCUAACCGGGUUUCUCUCGCCUGCGAUCGGGCAGUUAUCGGAACUCAAAGAAUUGUCAUUGUUUGAUAAUUAUAUAACCGGUGGUAUACCACCGGAAAUUGCCAAUUGCCGGAAAAUUGAAGUUAUUAAUUUGGGUAAGAAUAAGUUUUCCGGCGAGGUUCCGGCGGGAUUAUCUCGUCUCCUCCGGUUAAGAAUCUUGGAUCUUUCGGAAAAUAGAUUUUCCGGUGACUUGGGUUUCUUGAAGUAUUUUCCAAACCUCGAAAAACUCUCACUCGAUAACAAUAUGUUCGUCGGAAAAGUUCCGGUUUCAUUACGUUCGUUUCGAAACCUCCGGUUUUUUAACGUCUCCGGCAAUGGGCUAUUGGACCGCCCAUUGCCGGAGUUGAACCGGUUGGAAUCUUCCUCGCCGGAGUUGGAAAACCGGAGCUAUAAACAUAUCCCGAAACGGUAUGUUUUUGCGGAGUCAACUAAUCAAACCCGAAACAAUGGUUUCGGGUUAGAUAGUCAAGCUCCGGCUCCAGCUCCAGCGGAAGGCCCGGUUCGAAAGCAUAAAAAGAGUAGUAGGAAGAAAAUAAUGGGUUGGGUUCUCGGGUUUUUGGCGGGGUCGAUCGCGGGUAUUAUAUCCGCGAUGAUCAUCUCGGCGCUAAUUAAAAUGGUGUCGAUUACGAUUACGAAUAGAGGGAACCGAUCGGGUCCGGCGAUUUUUAGCCAGUCGAUAAAGGCGGAGGAUAUUGCGUUUCUUGAUGAUGACGAGGCGGUGGCUGCAAUGCCGGUUAUCGGAAGAGGCGGGUGUGGAGAAGUGUACAAAACCGACAUAUCGGACGGCAAGAUCAAAACGAUCGCCAUUAAAAAAAUUGUACAACCUCCUAAAGACGCGGGAGAGCUCACCGCGGAAGACACGAAGAUGCUCAACAAAAAAAUGCGUCAGAUUCGGUCGGAAAUCCAAACUGUCGGUCAAAUUCGACAUAGGAAUCUCUUGUCCUUGCUCGCCCACGUGUCGCGACCCACUUGCCAUUACCUCGUUUACGAGUUCAUGAAAAAUGGAAGCUUACAAGACAUAUUGCAACAAGUUCAAGACGGUACACGACAACUAGAGUGGUUGGCGAGACACAAGAUUGCCCUCGGGGUUGCGUCUGGGCUCGAGUAUCUCCACAUGAGUCAUACCCCUCGUAUAGUCCACCGAGACUUAAAGCCCGCUAACGUGCUCCUUGAUGAUGACAUGGAGGCCCGAAUCGCAGAUUUUGGGCUUGCAAAAUCUAUCCCAGAAGCCGACACGCACAUGACAAGUUCCAAUGUCGCGGGAACUUUAGGUUACAUCGCGCCAGAAUAUCAUCAAACGAUGAAAUUCACCGACAAAUGUGACAUUUAUAGUUUUGGGGUUUUGCUCGGGGUAUUGGUCAUGGGGAAGCUCCCGUCAGAUGAUUUUUUCCAACACACGUCAGAAGUGAAUUUAGUGAAAUGGAUGAGAAAGGUGAUGACGUCGGAUAAUCCGAAAGAAGCAAUAGACCCGAGUCUUUUGGGAAACGGAUACGAGGAACAAAUGCUACUUGUUCUUAAGAUCGCGUGUUUUUGUACUCUUGAUAAUCCUAAAGAGAGGCCUAAUAGUAAAGAUUGUAGGUGUAUGUUGGCUCAAAUCGAGCAUUCAUAAAUGUAACAAAGUUUGUAAUUUUAUUUGUGUACCAUAAUGCGUAACAAAUUGUUUAAAAGGUUUAUUA